AUGUCGGGCGAAUGGGCGGCGCGGGUUGGACGCGUGCCGAAGCGCGUGUUGCCGACGACUCGGACUUUGAGACCCUGAAGAACCUUCUUGGAACGUCGGAUGGAUGGAAUCUGGAGUAUGAGAAGGACGGCGUUAAAGUUUGGGCGGAGAACGCCGCGCAUGGGGCGCUACGGACCGUCAAGGUGGUCGCAGAGUUUGAGGACGUGGAGCCGGACGCGUUGUACGACGUGUUGCACGACCCGGAGUACCGCUCCGUGUGGGACACGCACAUGCUGGCUGCAGAGGACGCUGGACACAUCAACGUCAACAACGACGUGGGAUACUACGCCAUGUCGUGUCCGGCACCGCUCAAGAACCGCGACUUCGUGCUGCAGCGCUCCUGGCUGGACACGGGCGAGGAGAAGAUGAUCCUCAACCACUCCGUCUUCCACAAGGACUACCCGCCUCGGAAGGGCUACGUCAGAGCUCAGUCCUUGCUGACGGGUUUUGUGGUAAGGAGGAGGGAUGGGCCGGGCAGCUGGUUGGGCUACGUGUCCCGCUCCGACCCGCGCGGUGCUCUGCCUGCUUGGUUGGUCAAUAGGGUAACAGCACAGCUGGCUCCUCGCCUGGUGCAGCAACUGCAUGCAGCAGCUCGUCGGUAUCCAGGCUGGAAAGCUCUCACUGACACUCCUUACUUCAAGCCCUGGAGAAACCCAGAACAAGUGCCGCCUUAUCGGAUUAAGCUUGAAGAUUGUGUCGACCCCGACGCUCCACCACCACCACCAGAACCGAAGCCAAACACUUCGAAGAGUAAGCUAGAAGUACCAGUCAAAGAAACCGAAAGCCACAGCGUCGAAGACUUAGGUGACAUAUCAUCAGAAUUCAGCGUAGAAGUAGAAGAGUUGUCAGAUCUCACCCUUGAUCCUGCUAAGAAGAAAGGCAAGUUCUACAAAUUAGUUAAAUCCAUGAAGAAUAGAAGAAAAAGCGUCCAAGUUGCCAAAAGUGCUGAUAAUCUAGUAGAUGGCAAAGGAGCGGAAGAAAAACAUGAAAAGAGAAAAUCUUCGUUCAAAUUCCAUCGACGAUUCAGUCUUAGCAGAGGACGAGAAGACUAGAUAGUUAAAUUAUUAUAAGAAACUCGUAUUUGAUUAUGGUUACGCUCUCGUAAGGUCAAGAUGCAGGUAAUAGAACAGUGGGUUGAUUCGCUUACUCAGUGGUCAUCAUUAAUUGAAAGCCAUCAAACUCAUUUGACAAUGGUUCUG